AUGCUUCUCCCUGUUCUUGAUCACACCAACACGCCCAGUGUUGCGCCCGCCAGUCACCAUGACCACGUUACCAACGUCGAACUUGAUGAAGUCAACAAUCUUGUUGGUCUCCAGGUCGAGCUUGAUAGUGUCAUUGGCCUUGAUGAGAGGGUCUGGGUAGCGGAUGGUGCGGCCAUCAUAGGUGUUCAGGUAGGGGAUGCCCUUCUGGCCGAACUGGACAGACCUGACCUUGCAGAGCUUGAACUGCACAUGAAGGAAACAAACAUCCUCAUCCCUGACAGAGUGAAGGCGGAAGCGGCCCUUGGUGUCAUACAGAAGCCUGUAGUUCUCACCAGUCUUGGGAAUGGAAAUGAUGUCUAA